AUGCUACUAUCACCUUAUGCAGUAUACAAUAGUGCAGAAGAACUUUUUCAAAGUGUACAAACAUUUGCAAUCUUUCAAGGUUAUGCAUUAAUAAAAAAAAGAACCUGCAAAGAUAAACAUAAUGAAUUAAAAAAUAUGAAACUAUAUUAUAACCAAGGUGGUGUAUACAAUAAUUCUUUAAAUUUGAUCAGAGAAACAUGCAACAGGCAAGAAAGUACCAGGCUAAUAGACUACUCUUUUGAGUUAUAUGCUAUUCAGCACAAUAGUCAGUAUUAUCUUGAAGUACAUAAUUCAGCCUACAAUCAUGAUGGUUCAACAAAUAUGUCAGAGCAUUCUAUUGCUCAUUAUCUUACAAAACAGCAGUUAGAAAAUGUUAAAGUAAUAACUAAUGCUAGCUUACAUUCUAAAAAAAAUAUUUUGACCCUUUGCCAGAAUGAUGAAUUCAUACUUGUAAUUAAUAGUGAUAUUUACAAUACAUGCAAACAGAUUCAACAACAAAAUUUAACAGGUUAUACUCCAAUACAAGCUCUUGUAAAUGAGUUUAAAAAAGGCAACUUUUUAUAUGAUUAUGAAUAUAAUAAUACUAGGUCAGUUAAUUAUCUUUUUUUUGCAUAUAAUGAAUCUAUUGCUCUUAUUUGA